AUGCCAAGCAUCCCCCCGAAGGCUUUGAGGGCCCCAUUUUCUGGAUUUAGGGCUUUCAUAAAGCUAUGGGCCACCGGACGUCGGCUUCGGGGGCAGUUUUCAGACCUUUUGGGGCUCCAAAAUUCUGAGACUUGGGAGCUGAUAGAGAAGCGCACGGAAGCCCGACGCACACAGAACGCAGAGGAGCAAAAGCUCCGCAGGGCCAUCCGCUCACAGGCCCGCUUGGACAAGCAGCAGCGGCUGAAAGACAGACUGGCCGAGAGCGAAGCGACCAUCGACGCCAGCGACGAGUGGCGCUGGAUUAAACGAAUCCGCGCGGACUAUGUACAAGCCUUGCUGAGUCACCCGUUCGAAGCCUCCAGUGCACGUCGCCUGGCGCACGGCGGUUUAGGAUUUAGGGCCAGUCUGGGAUUUACCUAA